AAAAAAACUCUAAAAAAUUGUAUAUAUCAUUAAAUACAAUAUUCGUUCGGCUCUAGUUGGUCAGAAAUUAUCGAUCAGAGCAAAAGUGGUUCAAUUCUAAACAUGUUGUCUUUUUUUGUAGUUAGUUUUGUAUUUCUGUUAUUAUGUGUUUCCAAUGUGUUUUCGCACGACGACGGAAAUGAUUUAGAAGAUAAAAGUACUAUCUGGCCUUCAAAUGAUAGCCAAUUGAUAUUUGCGCAUGUUAUCUAUCGUCAUGGUCAUCGAAAUACCAUUAGUUUUCCAAAACUGUAUCCAAAUGACCCAUAUAUUAAUGAGACCCAUUGGCCUGGUGGAUUUGGAGAACUCACAAAUGAAGGUAAAAGACAACAAUUCAAAUUGGGACAAUACUUCCGUAGAAGAUAUCAUAAACUGCUUGGUGAUAAAUAUUCAUCGAAAAAGGUGUACGUACAUUCGGCUGACAGAGAUCGUUCUUUGAUGUCGGCACUUGCUAAUUUAGCUGGCCUAUUUCCACCACACGCUGAAGAGAUAUGGCAUGAGGAUAUUGCAUGGCAACCGAUUCCAGUUCACACAAUACCUGUCAAAUUGGACUAUGCACUUGGGCUAGCUGAUUGUCCAAAAUUUUCUGCUGCUUACAAGUGUUCAAUAAGAACAAUUAAAAAAAAAAUAAAUAAAAAAAAAAAAAAGUCAGAAACUUUCGAUCAGAGAGAAGUGGAUUAA